AUGCCUGCUUUGAGUAAUCCUAACAUACCUAUUACACAACGAACUGUAAUUAAAUGUUGCUGCGGCAAAGUUUGUAAAGGCAAUCGGGGUUUGAAAAUGCACCAGCGUAGCUGUCAAGUCUUACAUGGGCUAAACAACGAGUUAUGUGCAGAUCUUGAGGAGCAAAUUGCGCAUGCAGAUAACCCUGAGGAUAUUAUAACGGACGACCACCCACCCACUACACAGUCAACUUUAGACAGUGAAGAAAUUACUCCUGAUCUAAAGAAAGGCAUAAAUCUUCCGAAGAAGGACUCUGAAUGGGAAACGGCCAUCGAUUAUUUUAAAUUUGCAAUCCCUUUUAAUGGACCAAUCAUAUCGCAAGAUUUCAAUUCAAGUAUAAGGCAUUUAAAUGAUACUAUAUAUAAUUACUUUGUUGAUAAUUUUGGAAAUAUUGAGACAGCCCCCGACAAGAAACUCGUAGCAAAGUAUAAAGAUCAUUCUAUAAAGGAUUUAAAGAAGGCUUUAAGCAAUCUAAAUCCACAAAUUCGGAGGUAG